AUGGGCUGGAGGUUUGGGGAGGAGACAGAGCGACUGGCGCUGCGUUCUGUCCCUGGAUCCAAGAGUGACUCAGCCUCUCUCGUCCUUCAGCAUGGUUACUCGAGUAAUGAAUCCCCCAUCAUACCUCAGUCAGAUCAGCUCUGGUCUCUGUGUGCACCAGGGCAUCCCAGUUCAGGACUUGGGAACUGUUUGUUCCUUCUCAUGGACUCUGUGAAACUAAGCGGGGUAGGUUAUCCUCAGAACUCAUUCUCCCCUAGGUUUGCCUUGCUGUAUCUGGGGAUGAGAGAUUCCCCCAGGCUCCUCUCCAUCUCUGCCCACCACCACCACCCUGCUUUCAAUUAA